AUGGCCUCCAGAAAUGUCUACCAACAGAGGCGAUCUAAUUUCAAAAAUGCCUUGCUCAAAGAGAAGGUUCGGGAUCGAGAUCUCCGCACUGGAGCCGCCAGCGCUCUCCAGAAUUUAUACGUAUUCCGCAUUGCCAAUACAUAUGUCGACGAAGCUACACAUAGAUUUGCAUUGGAGGGGUUAACUCGGAAACACAUCGACAAUAUCCAUAAGGAGAUUUUGCACAUCCAACACAUACCUCAUCAAUUUUUGAAUGAUGUGUAUGAUAUCGUUUGCACUCCUGAAGCAAAUAUUUGUGAAGUUGUCUCAUACUUUCUGAGGGGGGAGCCCAUUACACCCGAUUUGCUGAAUAAAACAGUCGAAGAUGCUUCUCAAGCAAACAUUGCUUGGCAAAUUAUUCAUCUUGGUGUUCUUCUGGGAAGGGUUCGAAAUCGUUCACUUGACGAGUGGAACAGGAUCAACUCUAGGCUACGUAUUGGUAUGGCAGUUUAG